AUGUAUAAAGUUGUGGAAGACUUAACCAAAAUCAAGGCUCAUUUAGGUAUUACAAGUAAGGAAGCUAGGGAAACAAGUAAAGAAGGUGCUAUAAGUUUUGAAAAAGAAGAGGAAGUUGGGAGUGAAAAAGAAGAGGGAGAAGAGGAAGAGGAAGAAGAGGAGGAAGAUGGAACAGAAAAUGAGGAAGUAGAAUCUGCUAACGAAAAGACCAGUUCUAAUGGUGAUGAUGAUGCAUCUCAAGGAGGCAGCCAAAGAGGCAGUGGAGGUGAAAAGAGUGAAUUUGGUUCUGAUGCUGCAAAGGAACUGCACACUCCUAUUCAUAUUGCACCUGCUAGUAAAGGUGAUACCAUGGCUACUGAGAUUUCGAAAACCUUGAGUGAUGAGCCUGUCAAGAAGAAAAGGAAAAAGAUGCCUGCAAAUAGACCAAAGCCAACUAGGAGGAGCUCUAAGUUGUAG